AUGCAUUCGCUGGCCAAAUCCAAGUCCACUCGAGUGGGUCAACCGCCUUUGUUUACCCACUUUGAUGCAACGUUUGCGCUGUGCUGUCAAAGAAAUAACGAAACGAUUUGCUCAUCUGUUGAUAUUUGCAUUUCGCAAUGGUCUCGGGGCAGAAUAUGCCUCCGCUUCUCGGCUCCUCCUCCCCACCAGAAUGCACAGGUCGAGUGUGCUAAAGAUUUCGCCAUGGACCCGGCGACUUCUACGACCUCUCAGGGCCUGAACUCCGCCACUCGAGCAGCCACAUAA